AUGGAUUUAGUCAACCACUUGAACGAUAGAUUAUUAUUUGCGAUCCCUAAGAAAGGUCGUUUAUAUCAAAAAUGUGUUGAUAUCUUAAAGGGUUCAGACAUUAAAUUCAAUAGAUCCCAAAGAUUGGAUAUUGCACUAUCUACUAAUUUGCCUGUCGCUUUGAUUUUCUUGCCAGCUGCAGAUAUUCCAAGAUUUGUGGGUGAAGGUAAAUGUGAUUUAGGUAUCACCGGUGUUGACCAAGUAAGAGAAUCACAAGUUGAUGUCAACGUUGCCAUUGACUUGCGAUUUGGUUCUUGUAAAUUACAAGUGCAAGUCCCAGCUAAUGGUGAUGUUACUGAGCCAAAACAAUUGAUAGGUAAGACAAUCGUAUCAAGUUUCACAAAAUUGACAGAAGACUAUUUUGCUAAAUUAGAAAACACAACUGUUGACAAGAUGACAACAAAGGUAAAAUACGUCAGUGGUUCUGUUGAAGCCUCUUGUGCAUUAGGCGUUGCUGAUGCUAUUGUUGAUUUGGUUGAAAGUGGUGAAACUAUGAGAGCGGCCGGUUUGAUUGAUAUCGACACUGUUUUAGAAACUAGUGCCAGUCUAAUCGAAUCUAAACAACCAAAGAGCGACCCAGAGCUGAUCCAAACUAUAAAAGCCAGAAUUGAAGGUGUGAUGGCAGCACAAGCAUUUGUUUACUGUACAUACAAUGCUUUGGAAUCCAAAUUGCCAGAAUUUUUCAAAAUUACACCAGGUAGAAAAGCUCCAACUGUAUCUAAAAUUAGUGAUGCUGAAAACAAAUGGGUUUCUGUCUCUGUAAUGAUUGAACGUAACUCUAAGGGUAAUAUUUUAGAUAAAUUAAAAGCAAACGGUGCGACUGAUAUUAUGGUCUUUGAAAUCCAAAACUGUCGUAUCUAG